AUGCUGCUGUGUCGCAUUGUGCUGGCACUGCUGCUGCUGCUGCUGCUCCACUACUGCCAGGCCGAGGAGGAGCCCACCGAGCAGCUGGCGGUCUCCCUGGCCGAGUCCCUGGCCAGAUCGGCAGGAUCCCCAUCGAGGGCCAUCCAAGGCGACGCCUACAUUGCCCGCAACCAGAGGCAGUGCUUCGAGACGCGCAGCCUGGUGUCGUGCAUCAAGUACAAGGCCAGCAAACUGAUCUGGAAACUGGCCACCAACAGCUUGGGCUUCUUCCCCAGCGAGUAUGGACGCGACCUGGGCGCGGACAAGGGCCGCUGGCUGAGAUUGGUCCAGCUGGGGGAGCCCGCCGACGAGGUGGUCGUGUUCAACGACGCCAAGAGCUUGGAAGGUGACAGCGAACUGACGCUGGUUCUUAAGUUUCUGAAGAGGGCGGUGGAGACCUUUGGACGCAACCACGGACUGCAGCUGAACUUGUCCAGCGAGAGUGGAGCGCGGGUCGUGGACGAAUCCGAGGCCCGCUUGAAGCGCAAGAAGAAGAAGUGGCUCAUCAUCCUGCCCCUGAUCAUCCUGAUGAAGAUCGCCCACCUGAAGAUGACAUUGGUGAGCAUGCUGUUGGCCGUGCUGGGCAUGAACGUGCUGUUGGUGGGCGGAGUGGGCUGGCUGAUCCACUACCUCAAGUACAAGACCAUGUGCAAGAUCCAUCCCCACCUGGUGCAGACGCACUCGCACGUCUACGAGAACGAUCCCACGGACUACUCGCAGUUCGUGGGCAGCAGCAGCUACUCCAACUCCUACUCCCCGUACAGCUCGGGGUCCGGGUCUCCGCACGAGGUCGGCGGCAACAGCUACAGCAAGGACUGGGCCACGAGUAAGGCCUACCACGCCCACAACUACCUGGACACGAUCAGCAAGCGGAUCCAGUAG